GGCAGCAGGCCUGGCCAUCCGAGAAAACCAGCGGGAGGGGAGAAAACAAGGAGAGGAGGCAGCGCGCCACCGCCGCCGCAUCCCAAGCUCCAAAACCCUAGUGGCUCCAUCCAUGGCCGCCGCUCCACAGGCCGUGUCGGCACCCCCGUCCGCCGCCACCCCGAACCCCAGCAAGCGCAAGACGCGGCCCAAGGGCAAGGGCAGCAAGAACAAGGCGAAGAAGAAGAAGCUCGCGCGCUCCGAGCAGGACGACUCCGUCCGCCGCCAACGCAACAAGCCCAGCGCCAAGUUCCUCAAGCUGCUCCGGAAGCGCGCCCGCGACUACAACUCCGACGAUGACGAGGAAGAGGAGGAGCAGGAGCACCCGCCGAGCCCACGCCGCCGCCGCCGUGACGACGACGGCGAGGACGACGACGACGAGGCCCUCUCCCACUCCGACCAGGAGGAGGACGAGGAGGAAGAGGGGGUCUCCACCUCUGCCGUCACCAGGUUCGAGCAAGGCUGCAGGGCGUUCCGCGUCGCCUUCCUCAAGAUCAUGAACAAGAAGCUCCCUGACGACCCCCUGGGUCCAAUCCUGUCAGCGCACAAGAAAUUGGUCGCCGCCAAGUUGGCCGAAGAAGCAGAGGAGCGCAAGCCCAAAGGGGAGGCUAGAAAGGAGAAGCGAGUGGCAGCAGAGAAGGGCCAUGUAAUACCUAAAGAUCACUUGGACAGCAAAGAGAAGGAACUCAUCAAGGUUGCUACCAAGGGGGUUGUCAGGCUGUUCAAUGCGGUGAGCAAGGCACAGAAACCUCGGAAAGAUUUGAACCCAUCAAGAACUAAAGAUGCCAAAGUUUUAGCAAAGGAAAGGAAAAACACCUUCCUCGCGGAACUGGAGAUGCCAUCACAUCAAGAUAAAAAGAGCCAGGCACCUUCAAAUUUCUCUAAGAUGCCUUGUCGGACGAACCACAUGCCAUCCUUAUUCCUUAGCAAGUGUCAUAACUGUAGGACAUGCAUCCAUCCCUUGGAACGUACCGGCAAAGACGAACAUGAGCCAGCAUGGGCACCCCUGCGAGACACAUACAUGCUUGGUUCUAAGUUAAAGGACUGGGAUAAAAUGAAGGAUUCUGCUGCGGAGAUGCAGGCAGAGGUUCCCUUAGGCGACUCUUCGGACGAGGAAUAGGAAUACAAUCUGUUUACUCAAAGCCAUAUUAGAGAUUGAUUCUGUUGCUGUAUUCCAUGCUCGUUUGUAAAGCGAGUUGAGCUGUGUUCUGGAUAUUCAAAUUAUCAAAUUCACACCCCCUCUCAUU